AAGAUGUAACUUUGUGGAGCUAAUAUUUUUAUAGGCAUUGUUAUUAUUUAUUAAGGACGUGUUGCAGACAGCAACGAUGUAAUUACGACAGCUGUGUAAUUUUACGGCAUGCUGCAAAGAGAACCGACUGAGACACAUGCAGAUCAACAGUUUUGGAGGAACAAUGCGCCUGCUGUUAAAGAUACCACAGUAUAGCUCCCUGGGACUCCACCAUUCAGUCAGAGGGGUGUGCUGUAGCCGUGCACUACUGUCGUGUUCAGAUGUGCGGGUCAGAUUUGCCCCGAGCCCGACUGGGAUGCUACACCUGGGGGGACUGCGGACAGCCCUCUAUAACUACCUGUUUGCCAAGGCACACAAUGGGAGCUUCAUCAUCAGGAUAGAAGAUACAGACAGGACCAGACUGGUACCAGGUUCUGAGGAGAGUCUGGAAGAGAUGCUGAGGUGGGCGGGGCUGGAGCCGGAUGAGGGACCAACUAAAAGUGGAAAAUUUGGACCCUAUCGUCAGUCUGAAAGAGUUCACAUCUACAAGGAAAAGACACAAGAGCUCAUUGAGAGGGGUUCAGCCUAUUACUGCUUCUGUACCCCCCACCGGCUGGAGCUGUUACGUAAGGAGGCCGCCAGGCGGAAGGAGGUGCCUCGCUAUGACAACAGGUGCAGGCAGCUGUCUCAGGAGGAAUGCAGGCGGAGACUGGAGGAUGGGGUUCCACAUGUCGUCAGGUUUAAGCUGGAGGAGAAUGCCCAACCCUUUACAGACUUGGUGUUUGGGAUCACCAGACAUGAUGUAGCCAGUGUGGAAGGGGACCCUGUGAUUAUGAAGGGAGAUGGUUUCCCCACCUAUCACCUGGCUAACGUGGUAGACGAUCACCUCAUGCAGAUAUCCCAUGUACUCAGGGGACAGGAAUGGCUGAUCUCCACUGGGAAACACUUGAUGCUGUACCGAGCCUUUGGCUGGACUCCUCCACAGUUUGCUCACCUUCCUCUUCUAGUUAACAAGGAUGGUACAAAACUUUCCAAAAGACAGGGAGACAUCUUUGCCAACCACUUUCGUGAGAAAGGGUACCUGCCACAAGCAGUGUUAAACUUCAUCACAUUCUGUGGAGCAGGUUUCCAUGAUAACAGGAAAGUUCGAACCCUUGAGGAUAUGGUGGCUGAGUUUUCGCUAGCCCGGGUUGUUGAACACCCUGCCCGGCUGGACUGGGACAGGUUACAGGAGUUCCAGAGAGAACACCUCGCUAGGCUGUUUGGGACACAUCAUGGACAGACUCAGAUAGUACAGAACCUCAGGGAACUUAUAGUGCAGCAGUACGGGGAAAGAUUUUCAGGCUCUUCCAUCCUACUCGAUGAGUACAUUUUGAAAGUUUUGGAAACGAGAAUGGGCCACUUUACAUUACUGAGUGACUUAGUCUCACCUGACUUUCAAUAUCUGUGGGGCCAGCCAGAUAUUACUGUACAGGAACUGUCAAUGAUUACUUGCCAUGCCAGCUCAGUACUCAGAACAGUCCACAAGGCAUUACAGGACAUGUCUACAAACCAGUUUACAUUAGAGGAGGUGGGUAUCAAACUGAGAGAUGUGUCCAAGACCCACAAGGCAGUCAAGUACAGUACCCUGAUGAAGAUGCUGAGAUUCGUAUUAUCAGGCAGACAGGUUGGCCCCAGUGUGGCAGAGAUGAUGACCACAUUAGGACAAACGGAGACUCUUAAGAGACUUAUCAAUGCUCUGUCACUACUAGAUAAUGGUACUAAAACCAAAGACACAGAGAGAAGAUGAUGAUAACAUUACAUCUAUCAAGAUUUACAAAUAAUUUUUACAGCACAAAAUCACAAUAGAAUAUAACAUAAUGAAUAGUUUUAGUUGUAAGAUAUACUACUGUAACAGCAACUCUAUAAGUUCAAAUCGGCAUUGCAAAAUUUUAAUCAGCUUCACACACACA